GAAAAAAAGUACUUACUAAAAAUGGAAAUUGUAAAAAAGCCUCGUACGAAUUUGUCUGUGAAUGGGUGUCUAAAACCUGGAAGGAGAUUAGUCCUAAUAUUUUAGUUAGGUCUUUCGAAGCAGCUGGACUUAUGCUUAAUCCAGAUGGUAGUGAAAAUGAUAAAAUGUCUCAACGUCUUCAAGCAAUUGUUCAAGCUGUCGCUGAAAACUGGACGAAUGAAUUGAAUAUGAAUGAGUUAUUGGAUGUGCUUCCAGAAGAUGAAAAUGAAAGCAUGAUGGAUAUAGAAAAUCAAACUGACAAUGAAGAAAAUAUCACUGAUGAAACCGAUAAUGAAAAUGCAAUGGAUUAUGAAUAU